GCCAUGGCCUGGCAGCCCAUGGAGAUCAACCCCGAGAUGCUGAACAAAGUGCUGUCCCGCCUCGGGGUGGGUCCUGGCUGGCGCUUCGUGGACGUGCUGGGCUUCGAGGAUGAGGCGCUGCGCGCCGUGCCGACCCCGGCGUGCGCGCUGCUGCUGCUGUUCCCGCUGACGGAGCAGCAUGAAAACUUCAGGAAGCAACAGACUGAGAAAAUAAAGGACCAGGAGAUCAGUUCUAAAGUCUAUUUCCUGAAGCAGACCGUCAGUAACUCCUGUGGGACAAUUGGUCUGAUACAUGCAGUUGCUAAUAACAAAGACAAAUUGAAACUUGAGGAGGGGUCUGCCCUGAAGAAGUUUCUUGAUGAAACAGCUGAUUUGUCUCCUGAAGAAAGAGCUAAGCAUUUGGCAAAUAAUAAGGCUAUACAAGAAGUCCACAACUCUGUUGCGCAAGAAGGACAAUGUCGGGUUGAGGACAACAGUGUGAACUUCCAUUUCAUCCUUUUUGUCAACGUGGAUGGACACCUGUAUGAAUUGGAUGGCCGUAUGCCAUUUCCUGUAAACCAUGGCACGAGCUCGGAUGACUUGCUGUUGAAGGAUUCUGCUAAGAUCUGCAGACAAUUUACAGAACGUGAAAAAGGAGAAGUUCGUUUUUCUGCUGUGGCUUUCUGCAAGUCUGCCUAAGACUCUGAAGAGAUGCAAGGAAAGCAGUUUAAUAGCACACCAGUAAACGCAGUUUAAACUCCAGUGCUUCAGUACUUGUUAAACACAGCUGUUCUGGUAACUUAAAUUAUUUCCACCUUUUGCUAUACACAGAAGCAACAUCAGCUGAGCUUAUGCUAAAGGAUGAGCUCAAGUUUUAAUGUGAACGGUUUGGACACAUCAAAUAUCUUUAGACUCUUUUUUCACAUGUUAAGUAGAAAAUGCUUAACAGGGCUUGUUUGAUCUGUGUUAUGUUAUUUGAGUUGUUGGUUGAUAUUUCCUUGUCCUUAAUGAGAAUAAAAUGUUCUGCUGGAAGACUAAA